GAGGGGAACGAGCCUGUGACUUCGGUGAGGAGUGAACGCUUGUGUCUAGUUCCUGAGAUUUGGGGAUUUCCGUCACGCCAGCUGGUGCUGGGUAUCCCGAUCCAGGCAGACGUUGCCUCACGGAAUCCUACUGCCACCCAUGAGAUUGCGUCGUCACCGGUGUUUCAGAGAUGGAGUCGUGAGGUCGGAGACCAAGCCGCCCUCUGCAUCACUCGGCCGGCGAGGGGCAGGCCCCUGCCCAGGUCUCUCCAGAACUCCUGUUCCCACUACCAUGUCCCAACCCGCCUCCCGCCCCACCUGCUGGGGGCUGGCCCUCGGCCUCCCAGCCCUUUUCCCCACAUGCCCCGGAUGCCAGGGGCCAACAUGGACCUUCCCGCGGACACCAGCUGAGCCUGGCAGCGUCCCCCCUCAGGAGACCAUGGAGAGGGACGGCAGCCGGAAUGCUUCCCCAGCACGGACGCCUCCAGCCCGGGCCUCCCCCUCCAGGUCCGCGUCCGGCAGGUCAUCAUCUGCCAGGUCAGCCUCCACCACCUCCUCUCCGACCAGAGUGUACCUUGUCAGAGCAACCCCGGUGGGGGCCGUGCCCACCCGGGCAUCUCCUGCCAGGCCAGCGCCAGCCCCCAGGGCCACCAGGGAGAGCCCAGCUCCAGGUGUCAGCUUGCCCAAGUUCACCUGGCAGGAGGGCGGGAAGCAGCUGCCUCUCAUCGGAUGUGUCCUCCUCCUCAUCGGCCUCGUGGUGUCGCUCAUCAUCCUCUUGAGGUUUGACUGGAGCGAAUCUCUGCUCAAAGUCUACUCCGGAGCCUCCCGCCAGUGGCUUCCCGUCUGCAGCGACGGCUGGAACCGCUCCGACUCCGACAGGACGUGCCAACAGCUGGGCUUUGUGAGUGCUUACCGGACGACCGAGGUGGCCCACCGGGGUCUCGCCAGCAGCCUCUCCAUCUCCAAGUACAAUUCCACCCUCCAGGAAAGCCUCCACAGGUCUGAAUGCCCUUCCCAGCAGUAUGUCUCUCUCCAGUGUUCCCACUGUGGACUGAGGGCCAUGACCGGGCGGAUCGUGGGAGGGGCGCUGGCCCCGGAGAGCAAGUGGCCUUGGCAGGUCAGCCUGCACUACGGCGCCACGCACAUCUGCGGGGGCACGCUGAUCGACGCCCAGUGGGUGCUCACCGCGGCUCACUGCUUCUUUGUGACCCGGGAGAAGAUGCUGGAGGGCUGGAAGGUCUACGCGGGCACCAGCAACCUGCUGCAGCUGCCGGAGGCGGCCUCCAUCUCCCAGAUCAUCAUCAACGGCAACUACACGGACGAGGAGGACGACUACGACAUUGCCCUCAUGCGGCUCGCCAAGCCCCUGCCCCUGUCUGCGCACAUCCACCCGGCCUGCCUCCCUAUGCACGGACAGACCUUCAGCCUCAAUGAGACCUGCUGGAUCACGGGCUUUGGCAAGACCAAGGAGACAGAUGAGAAGACAUCCCCCUUCCUCCGAGAGGUGCAGGUCAACCUCAUUGACUUUAAGAAAUGCAAUGACUUCUUGGUCUAUGACAGUUACCUUACCCCAAGGAUGAUGUGUGCUGGGGACCUUCGGGGAGGCAGAGACUCCUGCCAGGGAGACAGCGGGGGGCCCCUGGUGUGUGAGCAGAACAGCCGCUGGUACCUGGCAGGGGUCACGAGCUGGGGCACGGGCUGCGGCCAGAGGAACAAGCCUGGUGUGUACACCAAAGUGACGGAAGUCCUCCCUUGGAUCUACAGCAAGAUGGAGAACGAGGUGCGCUUCCGGAAGUCCUAGGCCGCGGACCCGUCCCAUGUCGUAGCCCUGGCUGCGGGGAGACUCUGGCCGAGGCGACGGGCCAUCUGCGGUGUCUUCUGGGCUAAGGCGCCUGCGCCAGUGCCACCUCCGCUGUCCGCUGCCUCUGUGUACGCGCGCGCGUGUGCAUGAGUGUGCGUGUGUGUAUGUGCGUGCGUGUGCACGAGUGCGUGCGUGCGUGCCGUCGCCCCCCACGGCC